UGCGCAGCGACAUGUUCUUGACAAAAUGUUUGCUGGUUCUGUGUGCUGCAAUCGCAGCACAUGGUUUCACCCUCGGUCCAGCUGAUGUGCUCUUCCAUCUGUACACAAGGACCAACCCCACUUUGAGCCAGCCGCUGCUGCCGUCCAUAGCAUCCAUCAUCCAGUCCUCCUUCUCACUCAAUCGCAAGACCGUCGUCCUCAUCCACAGCUAUGCUGAGGAUGUAUCUGGAAACUUCAACGCCUUUGUUGUACCAGCUCACCUCGAGGCUGAGGAUAUCAACCUGCUUGCCGUGGACUGGAGUGCCGGUUGCCCCAUGUACACCAUCGGCCUGGGCAACACGCCCCAGCUGGGUCAAGUUAUCGCUGACUUCAUGAACAUCCUCAUCGACAGUUUCGGUUACGACGUCAAUCUGAUCCGCAUCGUCGGCGUGGGCUUGGGCGGCCAUGCUGCUGGUAUCGCUGCGAGGAAGAUCAACGGAGUCGUUCCUCAUAUUAUUGCUAUUGACCCAUCUCUUCCUGGCUGGACCUAUCAUCCUGAUAUCCUGGACAAGGAUGACGCUGGCGUUGUUGAAGUACUCCACGCGACCGCAGGCGUCUACGGCUACGACUUUCCUCUGGGAGACCUGGACUUCUACCCCAACGGUGGAACCCAACAGGCCGGCUGCGGUACAGACACCAGCUGCUCCCACAUCUACUCCUACGCAUUCUACGCUGAGUCCAUCACCUCUGCCCUCAACGAUGGUAACAAAUUCGUGGGUACGGCCUGCGAGAGUUACGAAGAGGCUGUCCAGCAGCAGUGCUCUGGGGAACGUGAUGUUGCGUUCGGAGGGACAGAGGUUAAGCAGGGUGUCUCUGGAAUCUACACUUUCAACACGAACAUGAUACCUCCAUUUGCUCAAGGCUAG